GUGUGCGGGAUUUUUGUUCCAGAAAGUCGGAAAGCUUGCAGCAACUGCAGUAGGUGGUGGCUUUCUUCUGCUUCAAAUUGCUAGUCAUAGUGGAUAUGUACAAGUUGACUGGAAGAGAGUUGAAAAAGAUGUAAACAAAGCAAAAAAACAGUUUAAAAAGCGUGCAAAUAAGGCAGCACCUGAAAUCAAUACUCUAAUUGAAGAGUCAACAGAAUUUAUCAAGCAGAACAUCGUGGUGUCCAGUGGAUUUGUUGGAGGCUUUUUGUUAGGCCUGGCAUCGUAAGGACCUGAAUUGUGUCUUCCCAAUGGCAUUCAUGUCAGCAAAGAACAGUUGUGGUGACACGCUGUCUUAGAGCAGUGUGGGUCACUGGGCCUUCCAGCGGAGGACGAGUGGACUAGCUAGACAAUUUGGAAGCUUUUACAUUUCAGGCUUUUGCCUCUUAAAGCUUGGCAAAACUAGGAUUUGCUGAAAAACUGCAGUGUGCUCAUUAUAGUAUUUCUGGGCAAAACUGGUUCAUCUUCAUCAUGACUCUUUUUAUCUAUGACCUUUCAAGAUCUAGCAUUUUUUAAAAUGUUAUUCUUGGAAUAUAGAUAUGUAACCAUACUGUAAGAAAGAAAGCUCCAUUUCUAUGUUUUCAGUUAAAUAAUGUUUAUUUUAGAAGUAUUUUUCUUCAUGCUGUGGUAGAUAGUAUCAAUGACUACAUAAUGUAUAUGAUAUUGUAGUUUCAGCCUCAUGGCUGUCCAUGUUCUUUAGAAGUCACUGCAAUAAUCUAUCCAUCUGUAAUACCUUUUUACAGAGUAUUAAAUAACAAAGAAUCAUGAGCUUAUUAAAGGUGAAAA